AUGACUUGUCGUAACAAACUUGCUUGUGGAGUUAAUGGCUGCACCUAUUUCCAUAAUAAACUGUUACACGUGACCUCAAAAGAAGAAGGUGCUAAUAAAGAGACACCUAAAUUGGAAAUUCACAGUGAACAUAUGGGGUUUCAAGAAGAACCUGUUGCAAGAGUGUUGUUGAGGGUUCUCUCAGUAACAUUGGUAGGAAAAAAUGGCAAGCAAAUUGAAACAUUUGCUUUAAUUGAUGACGGUUCAACUAUUUCUGUCAUCGAAAAGGGAUUGGUUGAAGAACUCGAAAUUGAUGGACCUACUAAACCUGUAUCUUUCUCCUGGACAGAUGGAAGUGUUUAUACAGAAAAAGAAUCUCAGACUGUAACACUGACAGUUAUAGGAGAUACAGGCGAACACUUGACUCUAAACAACGUGAAGACUUUGACAGCCUUGCACUUACCAAUACAGUCUAUGAAUUCAGAACAAAUGAAAAAUAAAUGGUCUUAUUUACAGGAAAUCCCUGAAGAAGUGUUUCAGCGUGGUCAUCCACAACUACUGAUUGGACAUGAACAUGUACUUAUUAAGUUAACAUACCAUAACUGUAAACAAUAUCCUUUUUCCCUUCUUGUGUAA